CUUACUAGAUUUUUAUAGCUCGGGAAUUAAUUAAGAAUCUUUCUACUUUUCCCUUCCUUCAACAGAAUUGAUUUCGUCCGUCUUUUCUUUUCCUGACAGUCUACCAUACCACAGUCCACGUCUCUGUGCUCUAAUAAGACCUAUACACACAAACAAUAAAUUUCUAUAUUUGCGACCAAUUUAGCACCAAACCUGUAUCCACAGCGACCGUGUCGCCCCGUAAGGCUGUAUUUUACGCGCUCGUGCUCGUGCCUUAAAUAUGGAGGCUAUCGGUGUCGGGGCUAAUGUUCUCGCUUUCGUCGUUCUUGCACUGAAGGCUGCCAAGACUACUUAUGAGACGCUCUCUGCGGUCAAAGACGGACCUGAGAUCGUCAGGCAUGUUGCGGCUAAUGUCAACCAAUUAUACUGGAUAUUAGAUGGCCUACAAAGGUCUCGGGUUGCUAUCGACGACAACUCCCUGGCAGGCCAUCUACAAGAAAGUUGCAAGAAACUCAACUUGGCGGCGUCUUUCAUCGAAAAGCUUCAGAUACCUCCGGGUGAGCGCCAUGCAGGAAAGAUAUGGAAAAGGCUAAAGACUUUUUUCAGCGAGAAGGAAUUGGAGAGACUCAAUGACGAAUUAGCGUAUCUUGUUGGGAUUCUUCAUCUAAGACUUCAAGGCAUAUCAAGCAAUGCCGUACACAAUCUUCAAAAGCAUUGUAUAACGACCGAACAAACGAUCGGGGUGUUGAGGGAUGCGAUCCAGACGCAAACACGUGUACAAGAGACCAGCUUUUCGAACUUGAGAGAAGGAAUAUGCGGCGCAGUUGAUGCACGAUCGGAGACUAUCCUCACACGUUUGAGCACCGUGUCGGAGGAUAUUGCUGCACGGGCUAGAAUCUCUCAGUCUCAAGGAGAUUCGAUGCGCAGCCUACUCGAAGAGAUUAAGGGUUUGCUAGUCACUUCUCCCAAUCAGCACCAAACAGGCGCUGCCGGAGCUACUGGAGGUGAAUCGUCAAACAGCUGUCAUGUAAUGGAAGACGAUGACGGCGAAUUAAUUCAGAGUAUUGAUCGGCUAUGUGGGUUAAUACACGAUAAGGAGAGAACUAUAAACACCUACACCUACACCGACGAUGACGAUGACGAAGAGUCUAAGGGCAUCAUAGAAGAUCUGCAGACUAUUCUGCAAUCGGCCUAUCAACGAGGGGAACUCAUUGAAUCGCGGCAAACGCACGCCGAGACUAAACAGGACGGCAAAGCAUUAUUCAAGAGUAUAUCAAGACGAUUCGAGCGCGGAUUUGACCAGUACGAAAUCCAAAUUAAUCAGGGAGUCGGGAAUCAAACACGCCCGCAGUACAGAAUCACGAAUCAGAAACAUGCUUACCAAAAAAUACGUCUGGAUGUCGGUACAUUAACACUUAUGUUUAAUCAUCGAACUCGAUCCUCAGGUACAAUCGAACCCCAUCAGAAUACGGAAGAGAAGACAUAUUCCGACUACUCGAUUACUUCGACCUUCUUCCCAAACGACCCACAACGAUUUCAUAUGUGGGUUGCAUCUACCUUUCAACGUGAGACAGAUCUCGGUGCUAUUUCAUCAAUAUCACGACUUUCUGUAAAUCGAGUCCUGCCCUAUGGAUCGCGCGUAUUCAAAGUGGUAGAGGACGGUGACCUUCGCGAGCUUCAGCGGAUGCUACAAAAUGGCAAAGCUUCGCUCCGGGAUCAUGACGAAUACGGCGCAUCUCUAUUGUUUUACUCGAUGUUACAACCUCAGAUGUGCAAAUUUCUAGUAGAAAAAGGGUUGGAUGUGGAUCAUGUAAGCGGACUAUGUGAUGGUCAUAAACCAUAUACAAAGUGCGCACUGCAGAUUCAUCCAAGCGAUUUCGAGAUAAAUCCCGACAAGCUCACUAAGCGGCAAUCCUGCCGUCGAAUACUUUUAGAAGCAGGUGCCGACCCAACUCUAGCUCCCUCAACCUUUGAAUUCUCAUAUUUGUGUAAUAUCUGCGCCUUUGGAAAUUCAGAUUCGAUUCGCUUAGCAUUCAAUCCAGAGUUAACGGGUCACAUAACGUCAAUUAACACCUUUUCCAACGACUAUGGCCAAUCGCCUUUGCUAAUCCACUGCCAUGAAGAGAACUACGAUAAGGAGACUCUCCGCACAAUGCUUGACCUAGGUGCAGAUAUACACGCUCGCGACCGAGAACUAAACACAUGUUUACAUGUAUGUUUUAAUUCACAGCUCAUAGUCCUAUAUAGAGAUCUGCGACAGUUUGAGGCUAUCAAAUAUCUCAUUCAAAUGGGUGCUGAUGUAAGAGCUGUUAAUAAAUUCGGCUUUACCGUCUCUGAUUAUGCCUACCGCCGUAAUCAGAGGGUUGGCACUUUCAAUGAUGGGAAGGUCACUGGUGAUCUGUGGGAUUCUGCCUUACAAAGCUGUGGCUAUGACGUUGCGGAGUUUCGGACAGAGAAAUACUGUCGGAGAGCACAGUACACUGAAGAUUAUAAACGCGAAGACUUCGAACAGCUUUGGCAGGGUCGAGAACAUCUUUGUCCGUACUGGGACGACUUACCCUGGCCAUCGUCAGAAGUAUAUUCGACCAAGCAUAGCAACCCAAGCGAAGACUUAGAAGACUCGGAAGACCCCGAGAGCUGGGACUCUGACACUGAAGAUGGCGGAGUACCGCUAACGGACGGCUCCUAAGUACUUAGGUAGAUUACAAAGAUCCAGAGAAUUUGAAAAAUCCUUACCUAUCAGAAAUAUUCACUAUGGAUAUUGUUUUUUUGUUAAGAGUGGAUAGGUUUACGGAUGACAGAAUUGAAAGUGCCAGAGGUUUGAUUGGUUUGAGCAGGGGUGGUAGUUAGGGGUUUAGUAGAGCCGGAGUUCAGACCAUGGGAGACCGUGGGAAACCUAUUGGUAGUUAGCCUAGAGGCAGAGUAGAUAGAUGGAAGCUUUAGCUAUAUAUUUACGUAGCCUCUAGGCGAGAGAGCUUAGGGUUCCUCGCGCAAUAAUGUCGUUAUUUUGCUUCUCCUUA